CAGCGGGGAAGGUUGGGCGGCUGGCGGGGGUGGAGGGUAGAAUGGCGAGCGGCGGGCGAGGACGAGUGCCCACGUGUGAGUGCAGAUGCGCGCGAGCGAGCCCACUAAUGCAGGCACAGGACGCGGCGAUGUGCAUCACAACGUGUGCGGCGACUACGAGCGGGCAGGACCAGUGUCUCGCACGCAAACACACCCGACGAGUGCAACACGGCCACCGCCAUGACAACGUGCAGGGAGGAGGACAAGCGGCUCGGCGGCUGCGUUUCCCUCCUUCUCCUCCACUUUGCCCCUCUCCGGUGCACGAACGAACAGCCAUGCACUAGACUGCCGACGGACGGACGGCGAAUGGUCGAGUGGACGAGCAGCGGGAGAGCGAGCGGGCGGGCGACAACACAUGCCGAGCGGACAGCAACGAUAGCCAGGGCCGGGACGCGCGCAACACGCGCCAACCGCGAGCGCGUAGGGCCAGUGCCGCACACGCAAACACGGCCGAUGAGCGCGCGGGCGGACAAUCGGACGGGCGAGCGGGGUUGGCGAGUGGACAGGUCACAACACAUACGCCGACCGCGGAGGCGCCGGGCGAGUGCCCAGCACGCAGACACGGCCGGCGAAUGUACAUGCAGGCAGGCACACAGGCGGGAAAGCGGGCAGGUAAGUGGGCGGGCGAACGGACGGGCGGGCAAGCGGGAGGACGAGUUGGCGGAUUGGAGAGAGAGCGUUGAAGAGACGGGAGAGCGAGGAGAGCGACUCCAGGUGGGUGAGCGGGGACCGUGGGCAGGGCCGAGGUGUGUGCAGCACACGCCGACCGCGAGCGUGCAGGGCAACUGCUCUGCGCGCAGACACAGCCAGCGAGUAAACGGCCGACAGCGGGUGCUGUCACGGCACGAGCGGGGUGGAGAUGGGCAUCGGAGUCCGCCCACCCGCCCUGCACCCGUGACCCGCGGUGAGCUAACCUCGGUUUACGCGGGUCGCGGGUUCGCUAUGCGCCCUACAAACUGUUGUCUACACCACCAAUGACAGGUGGUGAAGGUGUCACGCGAGGAAACUUACAUUUGAUUUUACUACAAGUCCACUUCGCCGGUAAUGCAAGAAGUGUACAUGCAUGGACAGUUCAGUUGAGAGUGUGUUAGAUGGUGAGCUAGAAUACAUAGAUGAUAUGUUGGAUAAGGAGCAGCCCAGACAUGUGUAGGGAGU